UUUAAUUUAUUUAGAAGACAAAUUGUUAUAUUUCUUAACUCCUUGCUAAUAAAAAAAUAAAUAAAUCCCUUAAGACAAGAGCUGCAAGAUAUUUAGUUUUUUCAACUUGCCAGAAGUCUUGGGACUGCCUGCUAACCGAUUGGUUCUCUUCAGCACAUGACGCCCAGUAUAUGGCCCGCCCGUCAGCAUCUCCAGGACAGACACCGCCGCGGAGCUCAAACCCUCUAUCAACUAUGGGCUGAUAUGUAACUUAAGUCCAAACCAUCUAAGUUGGGUGAUUUUUCUAUAACCGGUUAAUUGUUAGAGGUGCAGAUUUUGAAUAGCUAUUUUAAGUAAAUUCAGUUUACUGUUUUUUUUUUCCCCUGCAAAAUGACCGCUGUUCUGGAUAGCCUUGGCUCGGAUAUGCAUUCAAACCAGAUUACCUCGAGCAGCUUCAGUACCGUUCACAAGUCGCAGGAUUCCCCAACAUUACCGGUGUCGAGUGUGACCGACAGCAGCUUCUACAGUAGUUCACAGACGGGUCACUGCGCGGGGACAGCGUACGCACAACUGGCGUCUUAUUCCUAUCAUCCUGGUACAUUGGGUAAUGUUCACUACAGCCCAAAGGCUUAUGAUUUAGGCUAUGCUUCUUCUUAUGGCGCUUAUGGAGCGUAUGGACCCAGUUCUUCACCAACACCAACCGAACCAGAGAAAGAAGAGAGUGAACCGGAGGUGCGCAUGGUGAACGGGAAGCCAAAAAAAGUCCGAAAACCGCGAACCAUCUACUCCAGUUUUCAGCUGGCGGCUCUCCAGCGCCGAUUCCAGAAAACCCAGUACCUCGCGCUCCCGGAACGCGCCGAGCUGGCGGCUUCUUUGGGCCUCACACAGACCCAGGUGAAGAUAUGGUUUCAGAACCGACGCUCAAAAUUCAAAAAGUUGUGGAAAAACGGCGAGAUUCCACCAGACCAGCCGGUCGCCGCCGGUGACUCUCCCUCUAGCAGUCCUCCACCACAAGCAGGAUGGGAUUUCCCACCGAACCAGACACCGAGCGACGGGGACACAGUUUCAGAGCAGCCCACAGGACCACCAAACACCACCGCCCCAUCGUUUUUGACAAACUAUUCAUGGUACUCCUCCACCAAUACGGUCACACAUCUACAGCCCAGUACCUUAAUACAAUCUCAUCACAGCUCUGCAAUGACUGCUGGGACCAUAUUCUAACAGAGGACUAAAAAUGGCCGAACACACCUGUUGUAUGAGGAUAUAAUAAUAGACCUAUUCUGUCACUGGACUUGUAUCUUAGGAAAACAUUAACUUUAAAAUCUAUUCAGGCUGGGUUUGCUAAAGAUGUUUGCUGUGGAAUUCACUGGCGCCACUAAUGCGCUCAAGCAACGCACAUUAAAUUAUUUUUCUAUUUAUUUAUUUGUUUUCGUUAUAGUCAAAAUGAAAGGGGUAAUCAGAGAAGUUUAUUUCACAUUCCAAGUGCAAACGGGUAGCCUUUUGUUCGUGAGUUGUACAGUAGCCUAUAUAUUUGGUUUAGUGAUAAAUCUAAUAAAUGCUUAUAACCUGCAGUCAUAAUUAAA